AUGUCGUCGACACUCCUGCAGAGGCGCCGUGAAGCACUCGCAGCCAUUGACUCUGCGCCAUUCUCCUGGUACCACGUCCGGGCCAUCAUUGUUGCUGGAGUCGGCUUCUUCACCGAUGCCUAUGACAUCUUCGCAGUCAACUUUGCCAACAUCUUGGUGGGCCUCGCUUACUACUCGAGUGGCAAAGUGCCGUCAAAUGCAGACACUGCCAUCAAAGUUGCCACAUCCGCUGGAACGGUCAUUGGCCAACUUGGCUUUGGUGCCCUGGCUGAUGUGCUUGGGCGUAAAAAGAUGUAUGGCAUUGAGCUCAUGGUCAUUAUUGUCGCCACCCUUGGACUGGCCCUCACAGCCGGCGGUCGCUCAACAGAAAUCGUCGGUGUCUUCAUCUUUUGGCGAGUCAUUCUGGGUACCGGUGUCGGUGGUGACUACCCACUCUCUGCCAUCAUCACCUCUGAGUUUGCUACAGUCAAGUGGAGAGGUGCCAUGAUGGGUGCCGUCUUUGCCAACCAGGGAUGGGGCCAGCUCACUUGCGCCAUCGUCUCCAUUUGUUGCACCAUCGGCUUCAAGGACUCAUUCCUCUCUGGAGGCACUGUCUGCAAUGAGCGUUGUCAAAUUGCAGCAGACAAGUCGUGGCGAAUCAUUUAUGGAUUCGGCGCUGUUCCUGCCGUCUUUGCCCUCUACUUCCGUCUCACCAUCCCAGAGACAAUCCGCUACUCGCUCGACGUCGAGGGUGAUGAUACGGUCGCCGCCAAGGAUGCCGUGCAAUACGUGUCUGGCAAGAUUGGUGCAGCCAAGUUGACUUCUGAGGAGGAAGUGGCUCGUGUGCGCAACAAGAACGACCGCAACCCCACUGCCCCUCCCAAGGCAUCCUUCCGUGACUUCAUCCGCCACUACAGCCAAUGGAAGAAUGGCAAAGUCCUUCUCGGCACUGCUGGAUCAUGGUUCAUGCUUGAUGUUGCCUUUUACGGUCUUGGUCUCAACACAUCCAUUGUGUUGAAUGCAAUUGGCUACUCUGCACCCAAGAACAAAUUUGUCUACGAUACUUUGUACAACCAGGGCGUCGGCAAUAUCAUUCUUUCAUGUGCGGGUCUCAUUCCCGGCUACUGGCUCUCUGUGCUCACAAUUGACCGAUUCGGCCGCAAGACCAUUCAGCUCAUGGGUUUCAUCAUUCUCACCGCCCUUUUCAUCAUCCUUGGCUUUGGCUACAACCACAUCAACACCAACGGCAAGUUUGCACUGUACUGCUUGGCCAACCUGUUCUUCAACUUUGGUCCCAACACAACAACUUUCAUUGUUCCAGGUGAAGUCUUCCCAACACGCUACCGAUCCACCUCACACGGUAUCUCUGCUGCGUCUGGCAAGAUUGGUGCGAUUGUCGCUCAAGUACUCAUUGGUCCGUUGCGAACACGUGGUGCAACCAAGGAUAAUGCAUCACCGUGGCUCGACCACGUUCUCCAGAUCUUUGCACUCUUCAUGUUCAUGGGCAUUCCCUUGACCUUGUUGAUUCCCGAGACUGCACGUAAGACACUCGAGGAGUUGUCGGGUGAGGAUGAGUACAACCCAGACUAUGUCGAUGAUCUUGAGAACAGCAAGCGUUCCAUUGGAUCACAUGAAAAGUCUGCGCCUGAGGUCCAGACCCAUUAG